GCCGCCGUCCCGCCCCUCCCGUCCGGCCUUGGUUGAGGCGGACGGUGGGGUCCGGGCCGGAGCGUGGCGCCGCCGUAGCGCGCAGGGGAAGCGGGCAGUCAGAAAAUGGGUAAGAAGAGUCGAGUGAAAACUCAGAAAUCAGGCACUGGGGCUACAGCCACUGUGUCACCGAAGGAAAUCUUGAACCUGACCAGUGAGCUUUUGCAGAAAUGCAGCAGUCCUGCACCUGGCCCAGGGAAAGAGUGGGAAGAAUAUGUGCAGAUCCGGUCUCUGGUUGAGAAAAUACGAAAAAAGCAAAAAGGUCUGUCUGUUACUUUUGAUGGGAAGAGAGAAGAUUACUUUCCUGAUCUAAUGAAAUGGGCCUCUGAAAAUGGGGCUUCUGUCGAGGGCUUUGAAAUGGUUAACUUCAAAGAAGAGGGCUUUGGUUUGAGAGCAACAAGAGAUAUCAAGGCAGAAGAAUUAUUUUUAUGGGUUCCACGAAAGUUACUAAUGACUGUUGAAUCUGCUAAAAAUUCAGUAUUGGGGCCCUUAUAUUCUCAAGACCGGAUUCUUCAAGCCAUGGGAAAUAUUGCACUGGCCUUUCAUCUGCUGUGUGAGCGAGCCAGCCCCAACUCUUUCUGGCAGCCCUACAUUCAGACCCUUCCCAGUGAGUACGACACUCCUCUGUACUUUGAAGAAGAGGAAGUUCGAUGUCUUCAGUCGACUCAAGCCAUCCAUGACAUCUUCAGCCAGUAUAAAAACACAGCACGACAGUAUGCCUACUUCUAUAAAGUCAUCCAGACCCAUCCUCACGCCAACAAACUGCCCUUGAAGGAUUCUUUCACGUAUGAGGACUACAGGUGGGCAGUCUCUUCUGUUAUGACACGACAAAACCAAAUUCCCACGGAGGACGGCUCCCGGGUGACCCUGGCCCUGAUUCCUCUAUGGGACAUGUGCAAUCACACCAAUGGCCUGAUCACCACGGGGUACAACCUGGAAGAUGACCGUUGUGAGUGUGUGGCACUGCAAGAUUUUCGGGCUGGAGAGCAGAUUUACAUUUUUUAUGGCACUCGGUCAAAUGCAGAAUUUGUGAUCCACAGUGGUUUUUUCUUUGACAAUAAUUCGCAUGACAGAGUGAAAAUAAAGCUCGGAGUGAGUAAAAGUGACAGGCUCUACGCCAUGAAGGCUGAGGUCUUGGCUCGUGCCGGAAUCCCAACUUCCAGUGUUUUUGCGUUACAUUUUACUGAGCCGCCCAUCUCUGCCCAACUUCUGGCAUUUCUCCGAGUAUUCUGCAUGACUGAAGAAGAACUGAAAGAACAUUUGCUAGGCGACAAUGCCAUCGACAGGAUCUUCACUUUGGGGAACUCUGAGUUUCCUGUUAGUUGGGACAAUGAGGUCAAACUUUGGACAUUUCUGGAAGAUAGAGCCUCGCUUCUUUUAAAAACAUAUAAAACAACAAUUGAGGAAGACAAGAAUGUCUUGAAAAACCCUGACCUUUCUGUCCGUGCAACAAUGGCCAUCAAAUUGCGCCUAGGUGAAAAGGAGAUUUUGGAAAAGGCAGUGAAGAGUGCGGCUGUCAAUCGGGAAUACUACCGGAAACACAUGGAGGAGAGGGCACCGCUCCCCAAGUAUGAGGAGAGUGACCUGGGGCUGCUGGAGGGGGGUGUGGGAGACUCCAGCCUCCCACUGGUCCUAAGAAAUCUCGAGGAAGAGGCCAGUGGGCAGGAGUCCUUAAGCCUCAAGGAGGCUGUCAGCAAAGCCAAGGCUACUGGAAGCGGGCUCCUCAAUGGGGAGAGCGCAAUCCCCAAUGGGACCAGGUCUGAAAACGAAAGCCUAACUCCAGAAGAGAGUGAGAGGGCCAUCGGAGACGCAGAAGGAUCUUCAGGCAGCGCCGACGAAGUGAAAGAGCAACUCUAAGGUGCUGUGCGCUGAGUUGGGAAAUCAGUUUAGCAGAAGUUUUGAACAGCCCACUUACAUCGCUGUGGUUCCUUGUUAACAUUUUUCUUUCCACAGAGAGGAAAGUAUGUUUUUGCUGCUUUAUAUAAAAAAUGAUUUUUUAAGUUAUUUUAAAGAUCUAGCUUCCCUUUUGAUUAAGAUUGCCAUCCUGCUUCUGGGCAAAACAGAUACAUGAAUAGCCACAAAGGGAAGAGGUGCCUUUGGAAGAGUUUGCAGACCCAUUGUGGGCACUUUUGUUUUCUUCCUGGGGAAGAAGUCGGCUCAUCACUCAGCUCUGCUUUGGCAGGCCUGUCGUGCUGAGCACCGGAAUGAGAGUCUGCCCUGCCUGGGCCAGCAGAGUCCUGGUUAGACCCUGGAUGUCCAGCGGAGGGCAGGAUGAACACAGCAGGGCCGGGCUGAGGUUAGACUACAUGUAGAGUCUGGCAGUCUUUUUUUUUUCUCUCCUUAAAAAAAUAAUACCCCCAGUACCAAAAAAAAAAAAAAAAAAAAAGGUAAGGUGGCAACCUUAUUUUUAAUAGUUUAAAAUGUUGAUGGUAAUCCUAAUUAUAUAAAUAUAUACACAUAUAUAUCUAGUGAUUUCUAAAGAUUUGUUUACUUUUUGUGUUCUGUUUUGCUGUAUUAAAAACUUACCUUUUCCUUCAAUCAAAGUAGGAUACUCAUCCUCCUCCUUAAUUUUAAAUGCUGGCUCUGAUUUCACAGUGGUGCAUUGACUUCCCGUGAUGGCAACUGAUCGCUGCAAACGCGUAGCAGCCAUGGCUUCACGUAGUGGUGUUCAAGGUGAUGCAGCUCCCUAGCUUUUCUGGUUUUCACAAUAAGCUAGAGAUUUUCGAAGCUGCCCUUUUGAGUAAAACCCCUUAUUAAAAGGAAAACAUGAU